ACAGAUGACAAUUAGGUUAAGUUUUUUCAAAAGGCAAUUGGUGAGUGUGGCACAUUUCGUCGAAAAAUUGCUAGUCAUGAAUAAAACCCUUUUUGAAAGUAAGUCUAAAAGUGAAACGUCACACAAAACCCCAAAAAAAUCGCUCUCCAAUGUUGCAAUUCCACAAUUGAGCCCAAAUUUAGAAUUUCAAGUUUUGCCCACACCUGUUAAAAGUGCAAGUGAUAAGAAGGAAUACAGAGUCAUACGACUUAGAAAUGGCCUAACUGCUUGUCUCGUGUCGGACUCUUCCCCUUUAGAAGAGUCCGAGGACUCGGAAACCGAAGAAGAAGAAGAGUCCGAAGAAGAAGCUGUAAGUGAUUGUGAAGACACGAGCAGUGAUGAAGACGAGGAUGAACAAAAAAUGGCGGCUGCUAGUUUGUGUAUUGGUGUUGGAAGUUUCAGUGACCCUAAACCCAUCCCUGGAAUGGCCCAUUUCCUGGAACACAUGGUUUUUAUGGGUAGUGAAAAGUUUCCAGAAGAGAACGAUUUCGACUCAUUCAUUUCCAAAAGGGGCGGCUCUGAUAACGCUUCGACUGAUUGUGAACACACAACUUUCUAUUUUGAAUGUCUUGAGAAGGAUUUAUUAACAGCACUUGAUAAGUUUGCUCAGUUUUUUAUAUCGCCACUAAUGAAAAGGGGCUCCAUUACGAGAGAAAGAGAAGCGAUUGAGUCAGAAUUUCAAAUGGCUUUGCCCUCAGAUACUUACCGCAAAGAACAACUUCUUGCUAGUCUUUCUGAUGAUAAAAGUCCUGUCAAUACAUUCACUUGGGGUAAUUUAAUUACUCUCAGAGACAAUGUUUCUGAAGAUGAAUUGUAUGAAGGCGUGCAUGAGUUUCGCAAACGUCAUUAUUCCGCCCAUAGAAUGACUCUAGCAAUUCAAGCCAGAUUGCCUAUGGAAGAAUUAGAAAAAUACGUAAUAGAGUGUUUCAGUAAUGUGCCUUCGAAUGAUCUACCACCUGAUGAUUUUACACAAUUUACAAAUGUCUUUGAUACUCCGAAGUUUACAAAAAUUUAUUAUAUUCAACCUGUAAAUGAAGUCAUGCAGCUUGAUUUGACGUGGGCUUUGCCUUCUCUACUAAACAAAUACAAGAGUAAACCACAUCAAUAUGUGUCGUGGGUGCUUGGUGAUGAGGGAAAAGGCAGUCUUUUGGCUUAUCUCAAAAAAAAAGUUUGGGUUUUGAGCAUCUCGGCCGGAAACGGGGAAUCGGGCAGUGAGCAUAACUCCUUGUAUGCCCUUUUUACCAUAAGUAUGACUUUAGUGGACGAAGGAUUCAAACAUUUGAAUGAGGUGAUCGAAAUUGUCUUUUCUUAUAUAAAUAUGUUGAAAAAAGUGGGUCCCCAAGAACGCCUUUAUAACGAAAUGAAAAUGAUUGCUGAUAUUUCGUUUAAAUUUGCAAGGGAGGAAACGGCCUCUGAUCACGUGGAAAGCUUAUCUGAAGACAUGCAGAUUUACCCACCUGAAGACUACCUCACAGGCUCCGAACUAUUCUUCGAAUACGAUCCUGAAGCCAUUAAAAUGGUCCUAAACAGUCUUGUACCGGAAAAAAUGAACGUGAUUGUUUUACACAAUAAAUUACCCCCAGGUCUGAAUUUCGACCAAACCGAAAAGUGGUUCGGCACCAAUUACACGGAAAAAGAAAUCCCAAAGGAAUGGUUGAAAAAAUGGCAAAAAACCACACCACUUAACGAGUUUUCUCUACCACCACCGAACCAGUUUUUGACUGAAAAUUUCACCAUUUUAGAUGAAGAUGAGAAUCAUCCGGAAUAUCCGGAAAAAAUUUUAAACACACCUCUAGUGGAAGUGUGGUAUAGGAAAGAUCAAAAGUUCAAGUUGCCCAUCGCCUACUAUAACUUCUAUUUUAUUAAUCCCAUGGGUUUGAAUGCACCAAAAACGGCGGCUUUGGCUGAUUUCUACAUGACCCUCAUUCAAAUUCAGUUAGUUGAAGAGGCAUAUCCUGCCACCGCAGCCCACUUAUCGUACUCGUUUAAAAAUUACGAUAAAGGGAUUAUAGUGGGAGUUUCAGGCUACAACGAAAAACUACAUGUUCUCAUCGAAUUAAUCACAAAACACAUGCUCAACUUUAACACAAACCUCACCGAAGACAUGUUUGAACCGGUGAAAAAUAAGUUAAUCAAGUAUUACUACAACUGUUUAUUGAGACCCAGCAGUUUGGCAAAGGAUGUACGUUUGGAUAUUCUCGUGGAUAAUUACAAUUCAUUAGUUGAUAAAUUCAACGUGGCACAUUCUUUAACACUUGACGAUUUAAAAAAAUUCGCUGAAGGUUUUAUUCAAAACUUAUUUAUUAAAGUUUUAAUUCAGGGGAAUGUCACUAGAGAGCAUGCCAUAAACGUGGUUAAUAAUCUAGUUUCAAGCUUAAAUUGUAAACCGAUUGAUCCUCAUUUGUACCCAAAAUUUCGUGUUGGUCAAAUUCCAAGUGGGGCUAAUUACUGUAUGUUAGAAUCGUUCAAUGUGAGUGAUUCAAAUUCGGUUAUAACCAAUUAUUACCAGUGUGGGCCGUUUUCUGUCAACGAUUCGGUUAUAAUCGAAGUUUUAAUGUUGAUAAUACAGGAACCGUUAUUUGAUACUCUUCGUACUAAGGAACAGUUGGGUUACGACGUUAGCUGUUCAAAUCGAGACACCUUCGGAAUUUUGGGUUUUUCCAUAACGGUUAAUGCCCAAGCGACGAAAAACACAACCGGGUAUGUUGACACUCGAAUCGAGGCAUUUAUUCAACAUGCCUCAGAUUUGUUGAAAAACAUGCCUGAGGAGGCAUUUGAAACGACGAAACUUGACUUUAUUAAGACAAAACGAUGUGUUGAUGUGCAUUUGAAGGAGGAGUUUAGCCGAAAUUGGUCGGAAAUUGCCGACGAAGACUAUAUGUUUGACAGAUUACAACAAGAAAUUUCACAAGUUGAGAAACUUACAAUCGGGGAAGUACACAAGUGGUGGGAAACACAUAUUCUCAAUGGGCGGAAAUUGAGUAUUCAAGUGGCGGGUUUCACAAAACAGGAAAUGAGUGGUGAUGAAGGAAAAAAAGAGGUGACGCAAUUAGCAAUCAAGUUUAUUGAAAGCAAUGAGAUUCAAAGUGAUGCAGGGACACCAACGUUUAUCAGAAAUGUUGAUACUUUUAAACGAAAUUUGUUUUUGUUUCCCAUGGUUGGGAAAUAAGUUAAUGAUCAUUGAAACGCACAAUAACGUGUGAUACACUGAUUUAUUGUGUGAAAACACCGUUGAUUCCAUUAAAUAAAAGGAUUUUAAGAA